AAUCCUGAUUAUUUAUGUUUGAUUCAAAGGUUCCGGAAUUUGGAAUCUUGUUCGUGUUAUAGUCUGAACUUAUUGGUAUUUAAAGAAAACGAAAGUAGAUUAAAUGGAAUCGCAAACGAAAGUGAACAUCGCUGGAUUCAUGAAAAAUGCCUAUAUCAGGAACAAAAACAACCGGCUGUAAAGAUCUUUUGAAGCUGAUGAAAGAUGACGAGUUAUUUUCUCUCGCAGAUACCGUGACAAAGAAACAAGUUGAAGUUGCAAGGAGUAAGAAAGAGGCAGUCAAAGCUAUUUUGUCUUUUUCCACUUCUGUUGAGGAACUUCUAAACAGGCAAAAAAUCAACAGGGACAUGCUGUUUAAGUACUUAAUGACUAAAAAGGUGUUUCCUUCUGUCAGUUCAAAAAAAGCAGACCUCAUAAUGGAAGUUCUCAAAUUAUGGGCAAAUGAUGCACAGGUUCAACCGCACUCGCCACAAGCCUCUGCCUUACCAACCCAGUCCUCUAGUCCUCGGUCCACCUCUGGUCAAGCCUUCCCAGCAGUGGAGGUCAAUUCACAGUCAACUCUCACAUCAGUCAGCAGCCCUACCAUCAACUACAUAGUGAGCAACCAGUAUAAUGUAGUCAACGUCAACAGUCCCAGCAAUACUGACCCGGGAGUACAGAAACUGGGAGAGAACUUCGCCCGCUGGUUCUUUGAUGCCCUGAACUCUCAUAACCCUAGUAAGAGUCUGCAUACCAAAGAUUUUGGUCCCCACCAUUUUCUUGAUGAUGCUGAGCUACUUCUUCUGGUGCUUGGACCAAGUGAGACCCGGGACAGGAUUUGUGGUCAGCAGGCCGUGUGCGAUAGAUUUUUGGCUUUUGUGAAAGGUGAGGACUUGCUGUUUAAUCCAAACUGUGACCACGGUGGAAUUAUGGUGGAUACCAACCCCCAUGGUCUGGUAGUGGUGUUGGUUUGUGGAACAGUUCACAGAGGGAAUCAUUGUUUAGGUGUUUUUGAACAAAUGUUUGGACUAAUUAAAGACCCACGCUUUGACAACAAUUGGAAGAUAAAAAUCUCAAAACUGAAGAUGCAUGCUAUGGCAGUGUCACAACUGCCAAGGCUAACAGACAAAUCGCCUGAGGAAAUUCAAGAUUUAGCUGUAGUGUAAUGAUGACAUAUAAAUCAUAAAUGUUUUGUUACUUAUAACGGGUAUUAAUGUCGAUUUUGUUAUUGAAAUUUUUUUUAGUCUAGACGUAAUUUUAUUUGUUUGUGUGUUUGUUUUACAUCCCGUCUAGAAUUUUUCACUCAUAGGCAAUUAUAUCGCUUUGUCUACUUCAUGAAAUGUACAUGUAAGAGGAGUUCUGGGAACCAGCUUUUUCUAUAGGAAAAGUUAGAUUCUGAAACCUUAUUGCACAUCUAUAGGACACCAUCAAUUACCUUCUAAAAGCUGAUUUGUCUAUACACUUCAAUGUGUAAAUUGUAAGAGGAAUUCUGGUAACCAGGGUUUUGUUGUUUUUGUUAUUUUUAAAAAUACGUUGUUCCUUUCACCCCCAUUUGGGCCACAGGGUAAAAAUGUAUAUCUUCUAGACACUAUCACUGUCAUUUUCCAACAGAUGAUUUGGCUACUGCAUAAAUUGUAAGAGGAGUCCUGAGAACAAGAUUUUUAAGUCGACUAGCAUAGCGAGCUACUCCUUGGCAUCGGGCCUGCCCUGCGGAUUGUCCUUUCCACCCGCAUGCGCAGCGAACAUAGUUUGACUAGCAAUGUAUGUUACUUGUUUUGUUUAUAAAUGAAAUUAUUGGCGUGCACAUAAAAUUCUUAAUAAUGUAAUUGGAAAGUCUGCAUCUGAAUACAGUUGGGAGAAGAUGAGACUCUGCGGAUAUGAAAGCAGACACUGCAUGUCUUUCAUUGAGUUCAAGAUUUGUUAAUGUAAUUAUGUAUGAUAUAUUCAAAUUUUAGCCAAAUAAUGGUUAGGAGAAUAGGUACUUCGUAUUACUUGAUAUAUUGCAUUUAAUUUUUCGUGAAAAUAUAUGAUAAGAUGACUCCUAAACUAAUAUUCUAAGAGAAUUAUGACGAAAAUAUAUCUGAAGUUAACUAACGAC